AGCCAAUUGUUUGUCAUCUCUAAUUGAAAGUUCACAGUUCUUAUCUUGGCUUGACUUGGAAUUUUCAUGUAAUUGUGAAACUACGGACGAAUCUGCGCCAUUAUGCGAAGUCCUCUGCAAGUCAGGGCCAAGCUGAAGGUUUCUGAAGGACAAUGAAGAUCGCUGCUAACACCAGAAUGGAGGAAGUGGUGGACGCCUGCGUGAUGGUGCCAAUCAAUCCGCUGAGCAUAGUGCUAACUGGAGUCUCCGUCGUAUUGCGCUUCCUUUCCAUCAUUAUCAACUGGAGUCUGGCCUAUGAUUAUUGGCUGGGUGGAUUGUACAGCUACACCGCCUGGACCAUUGGAUCGAUUCUGGUGCCCAUGGUGAUCACAUCGAUCAUAUACACAAAUGUAUUGGCUGCCAGCAACUCGGCUCAGAGAGGCAUGCUCUCCACUGUUGUGCUAUCAUAUCUCUUUCGGGACGGAUAUGCACUGCAUUAUGCACUGGAGUGCAGCAAGGCAAAAACGCAAGGCCACAAAGAGUUAGAAAUAAAAUACUAUCAACAACUGUUGCGGGAAGAGUGCGAUGUGGGUUUUAUUCGUCUCUUUGAUUCGUUUCUGGAAUCCUCUCCUCAAAAAAUCCUACAGCUUGUCAUACUUAUGCGAUCUUCAACGAAAUUGACAUAUUAUCGACUGUUUGCCUUCGUCAUCUACUUCGGCAGCAUUGCCUGGUGCAUACAGGCCUAUAAUCGUUCCAAUCGCCUGGCGCAGCUCGACAAAUAUGACAUUGCGGCCAAGGGGCGAUUUGUGCAAUUCCUUUUUCUACUAUGUCUCACGGUUUCACGCACUUUAUGCAUUGCCUAUAUGGCCAGUCUCUUCCCCCUGGAAACACUGUGUUUUUGCAUCCUGCAUGUAUGUUUUUGUGGCACUGUCGUCUUUGUGUUUGACUCGCCAACGAUUGCCCAAUCAAGAGUUUUAAACUAUAUCUAUUGCCUGACCUUUGGCGUGGUGUAUAUUUUUAUUUUUACCCCUGUUAAGGAUGCGCCCACAAAGUAUAAGUAUGCCUCGUACCUGACGUUUUGUCUUUUGCAAAACAUUGUCGUCUGUGUGCUAUAUAUCCCUAUUUAUUUAUCAACUGCCAUUAUUGCCUUGUAUAUUUGUGGAAUCGUGCUCACGAUAUAUUACUAUCUGUUCUGCCACCCAAGUAUUUUAUGCCUAUAGUUUAUGUAAAUUCUCUUUUUGAAUUUGACCGGGAUAAUAAACGUGUCUCCAUACAGCUCAAUUCUGUU